AGAGAGGAGACAUUGCUGGAAGAUGCAGCAGAGGAGAGAAACCCACAUAGAUCACAUGAUAAAAUCAAUGAGGAUGGAGAAGGACCGAAGUCACAUGACUGAGAAGAUACUCAACCUCACCCUGGAGAUCAUCUACCUGCUGACUGGAGAGAGAUUUCCUCCUCUGAAGUCUGAUGAUCAUAUGACCAUCACAGUGCCUCCAUGUGACUCCCUACAACCUGAGAGACAAAACAUGGAGAAGAUUCUAGAAUACGGAGGCUCCACCUAG